GUUAUAAAACCUCCUCGUUUUGCCCUUAUCUGACGUUAUGAUAUGAGCUGAAGUUUCCAACUCGCUAUGUUUGCAAUUUUUAUAAUUGGGUAAAUGUUUAUUAAUUAAAUUAAAAUGGACAACAAAACACAGGAAUCUCAACUAAUAGAAGUCCUAGGAUAUCUUUUAGAAGCGACAAACGACAAAGAGCAGAACGUGAGAGAAGCUACAUCCAAAGCUCUGCACAGCCUUAUCAAAAAGUACCCUCAAGAUGUUGUUGAAAAUAUCAUUUUGUACAGAGAAAAAAAUGGAAAAAUUUCGGAAAAUAGUAUACUUUUAAUCCUGAAUGUAUUGGAAACAGCAGCUCAGGAGAAGAUGCAACUUCCAGAUGAAGUCGUCACAAAUUUGGUGCAAUUCAGCUUCAAAGAGAUGCAGAGGAAUGACAGCAUACCAGCUGCUCAGAGUGUAUCAAGUGACAUCCUCAUUCAUAUAUUUCCCAAUCAUUUCAAACAGGUUUUGGAAUACGUUUUCCUCUACUUGAAACCAGAAUAUGAGCUUAAUGCUUGCUUUCUGACGACGCUAGGUCGUCUGGCUUCAUCGGAUGCAAAAAGAUUCGUGCCAGUUGCUAAAAUUGCCUUGAGUAUUUUGGUUCCAAUGAUGCCACCAUGCAGAAAUGAGCAGAUUCGGAUUGCUUUGUCAUUUGCCGUUGGAAAAUUUAGCGAGGCCAUAUUAGAAUACGUAGGAUAUCUUAGUAAACCUGAUGAUUCACUUUCAAAGGAAACAUUUAGUGAGGAAAUUACAGCCGCUUAUAAUGUGAUUGCUAAUUCAUGGAUCCAAGCUAAAGAAAUAAAGGUCUGUGAAAGUGCGAUAAACUCCCUAGGCCCUAUAUUUACCCUUUUGCCUGAAGGGAAGGCAAAUCAGGCAACAUCCAGAGCCAUAAUUUGUUUAUUGAAUGCUUAUAAAAGGCCAUGUAUUCCUCAUUAUUUGAUCACCCAAUGCCUUGCCACUGUUCUUAAAGCAGCGACUCCGCAAGCGAUUCAGCCUGUUUUAGAUCAGACGCUUCACAGUUUAGGAAAUAUGGUUGUUGUACCACCAGAUUUUACAUUACCACCGACAGUCAAACAGAACAACGAAGUUUUACGUUGUUAUGAUCAUUUGGGAGAACAUUUUCCCGAACGUCUAGGGGAUCUUUUAAUAAAACAUUUAAGGAUGGGAAACGAAAGGGAUAAAAUUGAAGCACUCAUUGUUUGCUCUCAUUUGAUUUUGGGCAGUAAUGAGGUCCUCGGACAAAGGGUUAAUGAAAUAACUUCUGCUAUUCGUGGUGUUCUUCAAGACCCUUCACUUAAGGUGAAAAAGGCAUUAGUAAAAGUGAUAAUAGCUCUAUCGUGUAAAGGAUAUGCACAAAAUGGAAGUGAUUUUGUUGAAUUUUUAGUCCGACAUUGUGCUGUUUUACCGACUCAAAUUGGCCUUGAGCACAAUGAAUUAGCCAAUGUUUGCUCCUCGACUAUUCAACUUCUGAGCAGUACAGUCGAAAAUAUGCAAGAUCUUCUAUGGAACUGCCUUUUGAAACUAGUUACUGACUCAACGUACGACCAUGCCGUUCCCGUUAUAACAAAAGCUCUAACACAAAUCGCCCCUAAAAGAGACCCGAAAUAUUGUGAAGGUGAGCCGAGUAGGGAAUUGGUAUUGUGUCGGUGUUUCGCUCUUCUAGGAUCUCCUUUGAACAGCAACAGGGGCCCAGCCAUUCUUUGUUUUCUACAACAGUUCUCACCUUUUAUAAGUGUACACAUAGCUGAUCUAUGGACUUACAAAUUGCCCCAAUUAAUUAAUUACCUGCAAGGUAAAACAAAACCACAUGUUUCUGAAUGGAGUGAAUCAGAGUGGGAUUCAUUACUUCUUGAAAUGAUUAACAACACUGUGACAACGAUAUCGUGCCAUGAUGGCCAGUGGCCACUUUCUAUGUCAAAACAUCUAGCUGAGUUAUUGACGAUAAAUCAUUUAAACGAUGAAGCAAAUGUAAUUCUUUCUACUCUUGCGAUAAACACAGCUGUAAUAGAAGAUAAAGCAAUCGUGGCUGAACAUCUUGAUAUAAUCUUGUCCAAAUUUAAAACUAAUCAAGUUUCAAUGAAGGAGUGCGCAAGAGCAAUAGGCAUUCUCUCUUCUGCACAUUUAGAUAUGGUUUUGACCAAAUUGGAUACAAUAGCGCAGACCGAACUGAACAGAAGAAAUUCCAGGCUUUGGAAUUUAAUGAAAGAUUCAAAAGCAGAAGCAGAGACUGAAAAAUGCAGGGAAGCGCUUUUAGAGUGUUAUGCUGCAAUUGCAAACAGAUGUCCGCUGAUGGAGUUUCUUCCCAAACUGGACCAACUUACACAAUGGAUUAUGAUACAAAUAACCAGUGCUAAAGAACAAGCUGGAAGGGAUGCUGCACUGGAAGCUAUACUUAACUGUGCUGAGAGCCUAGUCAGGCAUAAGACUGAAACGAAACAUUCGAUUAAAAAUCGGGCCAAUAUUUUAGACACGGUCUUGCAGCUGGUACAACAAAACAAACCUAAUCCAUUGGCAAUAAAAGUCAUUACUGUACUAGUUAAACUCCCACCGCAUUUAGUGCCUGAUUCAAGGCAGCAUAUUAUGAAAACAUGUUUUGAUCGAAUAUUAUCUCAAGAAUCACCUGCAAACGGCUUCGGCAAUGCUGUAUGUCUUCAAACUCUGAAACAGCUAGGUGAGCUUGUCGAAGAACUCCUUCUUGACAGCGUCACACCUGAUAGGCUGGAUGAAAUUACAACUUUACUCGAACCGUGGAUCAAGCACAGAAACUCGACACAAAGGCUCUCGGCCUUAACAGUACUUAGGACGGCACUUUUAGCGUAUUAUCACAACAUGCAACCUGGCUUCGUUACCCCCAGCACAUUUAACCAAAGCGGAGAUAUUAUAGGGACGUUAGUUGUUAGAUACUUCGACUCAGAAGAGUCAGUAUGUAAAGUUGCUGCUCAUUGUAUAGGAAUAGUAUUAGCUAUAUCGAACGUAUACGAUGGACAUUCUCAUGACCCAAAAAUAGAAAGGAUGUUUGAAAAUCUCCCUGAAGAAAACACAUCUUGGCAUUUGACAAAGAUACUUUGUAAUAAACUACCGCAUCCACAACUCCAUAAAUUAACUGGAAGAUUACUCGACGGCCUUACUGAUGUAGACGUAACAGCUUGUUCAAAUGCAUCUGACGUCCUUGCAGCCGUCUUCACAUUAAAAGGGGCUGAAUUGUUUCAUUACAUUAAUGAUAUAUUAGGUUCUUUGAUUCUUCAACUAGUCUCAUCAGGUGGUCAUCCAACUAAUGGUGUUAGAGCAGUGCUUGCUUUGGCGAAACAUCAUCCUAAACUCGUUAUAAAUGUUCUUCUUAAACAGCCAUUACCCCUACAUGAGAGCCUCACUGAUUGCUGGAAAGCAAUAGCGACUGAUGACAAUUUAAAAUCUUUUGCUUUAGAUCACAUUCUUGUCAUAUUGUCAACAUGUGAACUGUUUGAUGAUGAUUCCAAACAGAAUAACCGCCCUAAAACAGCUGCUUUUCAUCCAUUAGCUGCUGUAAGUGGAUUGAGUGAGAUGGUGGCUAGCACUUUUAUAAAAUCAAUUUUAUCAGAAAAUAUUUCGGUUUUGAUACCAGCCUUAUUGACGCUCCUAGCUGCAUUUAUUGGUUCGGCUCCACCGGUUUUAUCGCCAAGUCCGACCAAAUCAAUUCAAAUCAUAACGAAUAGGGAUGCUUACAAAAUUGUUCCCUCAAAGGUUGUAAAAGAUUGCUUACAAAGAAUCCUAUUGGAAGUCGAUUGUAAAACGGGUGCCGAGUCGUUGACGACUACAUCACAGCUUCAGCACAUUGAAUCCCUCGUCGGCUGCAUGCCACAAUUUACACUGGGCAUUUGCCAAAACUUCCAUCAUCUUCUACCUAAAUUGUUGAUGACGUUUAAUCAGUAUUCUACAACUUCAUGUGAAAAUCAGAGGAUAAUAAUUACAGCUUUCUAUGCAGAGUGUUUUUCAGUGCAGUGCUCAUUAGGUGGUUCCGUCGAUUUAAUAGAUAAUCUCAUUUCAAACCUCUUAUCUGCUAUAACUGCCCCAGAUCAAAUAGUCCGUGCUCUUGCUUUAAAGGGUUUGGGUUAUAUUUCAUCUCUAAAUGAACAUUUGAGGAAAAGGCACGAAGACGCAGUUUUGUCUGCUUUGAUGCAGGGUGUCGAUGAUAUUGAUGGAUCAGUACACAUCAGAAUUCCAUUGGAAGCAAUUCAAAGUCUAAGCAAACUCAUUCCAGUUUUAGACUCAUCGGCUUUAAUUAAGAUCCAAGUUCCAGUAGCUAUUAGGAUAAAGCCUUUUUUUGAAAAAGAAGAACUAGGCCUAAGGAGUACUUCAUUAAAACUUUUUGGACAGCUUUGUAUUCAAGGUGAAGAAUAUUCACAAGAUGGUUACAAAGAUCAAGCGCUGUCAUGUUUUACACACCUUCUCCUGCAUGUUUCCGAGCUCGAACCUUCAGUCGUCAAAGCCUGUAAAUUUUCCUUGCGUCAAAUUGCACAUUUACUCAACUCUGAGAAGGUUAAGAAUUUGUUGCUGAACCAUUUAAUAGACGAUGCCGUGCUACAGUUUGAACCGUUUGCGGCCAAACUGGUACAGUCAAUGUCGUGUGAGAUGGAGGAGGUUGGUUCUACUAUGUUUUCAGUUUCACUUUCAUUUACAAAAAGUAAAUGGCCUACCAUAAGAGCAAAUGCAGCAUUACUUUUGGGUUUACUCUACAAAAAUAUGUCAAACAAUGUGAAAGCAAUAAUAUCACCAGAACCAGCCAUAGCAAGACUGAUACAGGUCAUGAAAGAUGAUCAAAAUGCUGAUGUGAGGGCGAAAGCAAUAAAAUCACUCCCAUUAUUUUUAUUAUAGACAAUAGACACAAAACAAUCCCCUCUUUAACAUCUAAAAUAAGUUGGCGGAAAGUUUUCGAGAAAAGGUCGCCUUGUGAUAAAUCCGAUAUUUUUCUCUUUUAUUGUUUUUGGUAGUAUUUCAGAAAAGUCUGAUUCCCCUCUUAUCAUAUAGGCGUGUAGUGUGAGUUAUAGUGAAGUUUAUACCGAUAUUUUAAGUUUUUGAAGUUAUGCUUUUACUACAAUUACUGAUUAUUUUCUUUUGAGAAAAUUGUAGUACAUUGAAAGCAUCAUAAAAGAAAUUGGAAGAAUCGAAUUGUGAGAAAAAAUAUUGCUUGAAUUUAAUUAUUUUAUCCAAAUAUGUUAACAAUAAUAAUUAUUUAAACUAUUUAAGUAUCUUACACAUUCCAGGGAAUUUAUGAAAUAAUAAAGUAUCGCCCAAGUAAACCUGGGAAAUACAUACAAAAUUUGUGUUAUAAAACACCUGCAAAAUUUUAAAUCUAUAAUUUUAGCCAAGACUGAUAGAAUGUGUUGUUCAUUAUACAAUUCCCACGAAAUAUGUGCCUUUGGUAGUAAUUUACAGUGUAUUGUUAAAAAGUUAUGCUUUUUUAAAUUUUUCCGUUAUUUCAAACCUGAAUUUUAAUCUGAUAAAUGUAAAAACAAGUAUUUGGCUGUCGAAUGGAGCCAGUUUUUUUUUGUUACCAAGAUGUUUGUUUUAACUGCAUAUUAUAUUUUACAUACUGUUGUUAUAAAAUUGGUUGUUGUUUGUAAUUUAAAAGAAAUGUGAUGGUUUCUACUUAAAUAUGAAAUGAAUAUUUAUAUAAAUAAUAACAUAUUGGAGUGUAAUCGAGUAACAUAGUGUUUAUGCUGUUUUUAAGUAAGAUUGCUUCAUGUUAAUCAUGCUUUUUUACACUUUAAUAUUUUAUGAAUGUAUUAUUACAUCUAAUAAAUUAUAUAUAUUUGUCA